AUGCUAUUCUCCGUGGAGCCAGCACAAAGGGCCUGCCUGGUGGACAUGCAUAUUAACGGACUGGAGAGGCCUCUGUUCCUCUGCCAUAGGCCCCACCCCAAAAGGCCCCGCUGUAGCCCAGAAAGCGUCUUCUGGACUCGGCCCCUCCUCCCUCUCUCUGGACCUGGCCCCUCCUCCCUCUCUCUGGACCCGGCCCCUCCUCCCUCUCUCUGGACCCGGCCCCUCCUCCCUCUGGACCCGGCCCCUCCUCUCUCUGGACCCGGCCCCUCCUCUCUCUGGACCCGGCCCCUCCUCUCUCUGGACCCGUUCCCUCCUCUCUCUGGACCCACCCCUCCUCUCUCUGGACCCACCCCUCCUCUCUGGACCCACUCCUCCUCUCUCUGGACCGGCCCCUCCUCCCUCUCUCUGGACCCGGCCCCUCCUCCCUCUGGACCCGGCCCCUUCUCCCUCUGGACCUGGCCCCUCCUCCCUCUGGACCUGGCCCCUCCUCCCUCUGGACCCGGCCCCUCCUCCCUCUCUCUGGACCCGGCCCCUCCUCCCUCUCUCUGGACCCGGCCCCUCCUCCAUCUGAACCCGGCCCCUCCUCCAUCUGAACCCACCCCUCCUCCCUCUGGACCCGGCCCCUCCUCCCUCUCUCUGGACCCGGCCCCUCCUCCCUCUGGACCCGGCCCCUCCUCCCUCUCUCUGGACCCGGCCCCUCCUCCCUCUCUCUGGACCCGGCCCCUCCUCCCUCUCUCUGGACCCGGCCCCUCCUCCCUCUGGACCCGGCCCCUCCUCUGGACCCGGCCCCUCCUCCAUCUGGACCCGGCCCCUCCUCCAUCUGGACCCACCCCUCCUCCCUCUGGACCCAGCCCCUCCUCCCUCUCUCUGGACCCGGCCCCUCCUCCCUCUGGACCCGGCCCCUCCUCCCUCUAA